AUGCAACUACGCUGGCCAUAUCCUGAGUCUCCCGGUGUUGGGGUGUAUGGCCCAGUGACAUCAAACCACAAUUUUUGUGAAGAAGACUAUGUCAUUACGCCAUACAUUGCUGAGUUUGUCAACACUCUGACCAAUGCAACAUACGUAAUCUAUGGUGUCUACGGCCUCCUCCGAGUACGCACCCACAAAGAAGGCGGUUACCUCUCGACCCUCGCCUUCCCCUACUGGGGCCUCAUAGGCGUGGGCGUCCUGUCUGCCUACUUCCACGCCACACUCAAGUACCACAGCCAAAUGGGCGACGAUCUAAGCAUGUUCCUUGCCGCCGGCGCCGUCCUGCACCAACUCCUCUGUUUCAACGCGUCAGUGGCCGAGAGGCGCAAAUACACGCUUGCCAUUAUGGGCACCGUGCUCCCCGUGUCUGUGUACCAUGUCUGGGCCGACGAGAUCAUCGCGCACGAAAUCACGUUUGCGAUUAUGAUUUUCCUCGUGUCCAAGUAUGCGCGGGCGCUCAUCAAGAAGCAAGUACGGAGUGAGGACCAUCGGAAGAAGCUGGGGAGCAUGGCGACGUUUGGAAUUUCCAUGGGCUUGUUUGGCUAUUUCUUGUGGAAUAUCGAUUUUCAUCUUUGUGGCUAUGUUACGACGUUUAAGCACUGGCUCGGUUUACCCUGGGGCUUCCUGUUUGAGCUGCAUGCUUGGUGGCACAUUUUCACAGGCAUUGCAGCUUAUGUUGGAAUGGCCGUUGUCGAGUAUCUUGUAACGAUUGAAGAGGAGAGGGAGGGAGGUUUUGAAGAGGGAUUUGUUUGGCCGGUCAGAGGUUUGAUGCGGAGUUUGGCGGAGAUGGACGGACCGAAAAUGCGAUGA